AUGUCUUCUUCGAGUUCCUCCUCCUCCAGUGGUUCUGCGAGCCCCGAGCCGUCCUUAAAACGCAGAAGGGAGGGAAAAAGCGCUGAUGGUGUUGAAGCUACCCAAUCUUCGUCCAGUGACUCGGAUUCUUCCGAUGAAGAUGAUGCUCCGGCUCUAUCCCAUGCAGAAAAACGUCGACAGAAGAAAAAAGAAAAACUAGCGGCACGCAAAGACAAGGGACUGGAACCGCCCCCUUCCAAGAAAAGAAAGACUGAUAAUCAAAAGGAAGCUACAGACUCCACUUCCCAACGACAAAAUUCAGUCUGGGUAGGAAACCUGUCGUUCAAGACGACACCGGACGCUUUGCGCAAGUUUUUUGAAGGAGUUGGAGAGAUUACACGGAUAAAUCUGCCUAUGAAGGUAGCUACAAGACCAAACAUGCCUGGAGAGAACCGGGGCUUUGCUUAUGUCGAUUUUGCGACAGCUGAUGCCAAGAAUGUAGCCAUAGCUCUUUCUGAAAAACCAUUACUUGGUCGCAAGCUAUUGAUCAAAGAUGGUGAUGAUUUCGCAGGGCGGCCUGCUGCACCCGACGUCGAAGAGUCUUUAGGUGGAAAGACACACUCAAAAACUGCUCUUAAAAUUCUUCGAAUACAGAAACAACCUCCUGCUCCCACACUCUUCUUCGGCAAUCUACCGUUCGAAACGACGGAGGAUAAUAUACGUCAGCUACUCGAUGCGCACAGGAAGAAGCCUAGGAAAGAUAAAGACAGCAAGAAGGAGGAAGAAGAUGUCGAAGAAGAGAAAGACGAAGGGAAGGGAGAGAAGGAAGAGGAAAACUGGAUACGAAAGAUUCGUUUGGGUACAUUUGAGGACAGUGGGUUGUGUAAAGGUUUUGCCUUUGUUGAUUUCUCCAGUACUGACAACGCUACAUCCGCCCUCAUAAACCCCAAAAAUCAUCAUCUAAACGGUCGAAACCUUGUUGUCGAAUAUGCUUCCGCAGAUGCUGUCAAACGAGGGCCUAAUAAACCGAGAGCUGUGGCAGGAGAAGGUGGACCGGGUGAUUUUAAGAGAAAAUUCGGACCUAGGGUGAAUGGGUCUCAAAAUAAGCCUUUUCGUCGAAAUGAGCGUGACGUUGGUGCGGGCGAUGAGAAGUCAUCGAAUCGUCGCAAGGACAGGCUUGACUAUCGUCAUAACGCCGAGGAGUCUCAAACUGUGGAUCAUGAAGAAUUCAGCACACCUCAGUUCGGCGGCAGACCCUAUAGAAAAGACCAAGAGGGUGUUCCUCGACACAAAGGACCUCGAAAUAGGCCGAAGCCUGGUGCUGCACUAGCACAAGCUAAACGCCAAUCAGCCGCUAUCGUACCGACGUCCGGAAAGAAGAUCGUCUUCUAG